CAAACAUGGUGACUUGCUGGAAAUGAAUGAGGCAUAAACAAAGUUUUAGUGAAAACGCGAUCAAACUACAAACACAAAGUCCGUCCCGUGGCGUUCUGAGCUGCGAUGUUAAGAGAAUAAUGUGUCGGAGAGAAAAACAUGUCAGACGCGAGGACUCCUGCCGCUGAGUUUAGUGAACUGUGGAAAAACGUUUCCAAGCGUCCGGCGAGGAAAACAGCGCCUCCUAAAGGAAAAGGUUUUCAGAGUCCACAACGCAGCAGCAGAUACUCUGGCUUCAAUCAUGGAGAUUCUCCUGGCGAUGUGGAAGUCUCACAAGAUAUUUUCUGGGAUCCCACAUCUCCCCCUCAAGCUAACACUGGGCUCAGAAACACCAAAGUUGUGGAAAUAUCAGAUAUUGUCAAUCGUAUUGCUCCAAAGGAUGGGAAACCGGUGGGGGCCAAUUCUCCUCUGCUGCAGUGGAUUGGGGACGGUACCAUCCCAUGUACUCCAGAGAUUCCAAAGCAGCGAGUCAAGAAGAAGUCCAUUCGGCACAGCGGUGUGGAUCUCAUGAAACUAGCCAAGCAGUUUGAUGAGAACAUGCAGCAGGACUGGGACACCUCAGAACACCUGACGGUAGUCAACAGUGGCAUCCAUGAAUGUGCCAGUACUCCAGAAGCAAAGCCGAGCGACACAUUGCACCAAAGCAAUGUGAAGGACCUAAAAUGUUCAUUAACCUCAGACCAGGUGGAGGCAGAGCUGCAAGCUCUGUUUGACUGCUCGACUCAGAAAGUCAGCGGCCGGCUCAGCCAGAGCUCCUCAGCAUCCACGUAUUCACAGAAAACCGAAAGACAGCCUGUGACUUCAGUUGAACCCCAACAAUCAGAGGUCAAAUCAACCAAGUCUGACAAAGAAGAAGAUCCACGUGGAUUCAGCACACAUAACUGUGUGGACUUUGAUGACGACUGGGAGGACGACGACUUAAUUAAUGACCCUUUUGUGUUGGUGAUAACUCAGAACUCUGAUGAGCAACAUGGCACAAAAAUUGCCAAGUCGAGCACUGCUGCAAAUUUAAACUCCACUAACCAGGUUUCUGAACUGUCCCCCAAGUCAGACUGCAGUCUGCUUCAAGAAUUGUUUCCCAAACCAAAGACUUCCAACCGGAGAACUUUCAAGUUAGAGCCCAACCCCAGAUUUCAUUCCAAGUCUGCUUCAGUCAAAGAACUGACCUCGUCAAGCUUUACUUUAAUCAAACCUUCUAAAGCACUGUUGUCCAACAACAAACCACCCACCACAAAGAUGCGGUCGAUGCCUCAGCCUGAAAAGAUCAUGAACAAUGAGGGGGUUAAGGGGGUUUGUGCACCUGAAAACUCUGUAAAAGACAUUUCAGAUAGCUUUUGGGAAGACGGCGAUGAUGACGCACUGCUCUAUGAGAUGUGUGACAGUAUGGAGACCAUCUCAAACAGUCCGCCGCAGCAGCCGCACCACAAUGACUGCCAAGAAAGACUAGAUGCUGCUGAGGAGGGACAGCAAAAAAACACCGCAACAUUGCAGGUGGAGUCGGCCUGGUCCACAAACACUGGCUCCAGUGCUAAUAGACAAUCAGCAUGCAUGUUUGUUCGCUCCAAGUCAAUACCGGGGACGAGCUCUGAAGCUGUGAACUACCAAGGAUGGAACAUUCCCAUGAAAGGUGCCAACAGCAAAUCGCGGAUGUCUCACAGUCUUCCAGGAAGCCGGGUGAGUGUGGGCGAGUUUAAUCAGCUUGGGGAUUCCUCUGGAAGUUUUAAGCAUGUGACUUCUUCUGUGGACUUAAAGUCCCAUCCAGUGAGCGCCGGGCCACCACAGAACCUUCCCCACACAUCUUUCAAGAGGAGCGUAUCAGACUCAGCAGUUGUUGGCAACAAAGUUUUUGUUACCAACCAGAUGACAGCGAAGUGUUCGGCAGCUGAGAUUGUGAGGAAGAAACAGGAAGCUUUGGCCAGGAGGCGACUGCGAAUGCAGAACAUCCCCAAAUCAUAGACAUUUUUUCCCUAUCUCACACUUUGAAAAUCACAUAUAAUCCUCAGAAGUUGGAGGUUUUUUAGCAGUGGCCAAGCCACAUCCUUAUCAACGCUGUUAAUGUGUUCAGUACGAGAUUGUCACGGUUUGGAUCAUUUGCCUUGUUUUUUCCUGCUAAUUUUUUGUUGUUUCCAAGCUUGUCAUUCAGUGUCAUUGCACCUGUUUUGAGCACAGCCUGAUUUCAUUGACAUUCCUCAAACUGUGAUAUGAAGCCACCAUCUGAUAUUCUGUGGAUGGCGUGAGUGAUGUUGAUGUCAAUCAGUAGAAGCUAAAGUUUACAGACACUAAAAUGAUGAGGCAUAGUGACAGUCAUUUCUGUUGUUUUCUAGUCUUUUUCUUUGGUUAAAAAAACAUGCACUACCAGUCAAAGGUUUGGGCGCAAAGUAGUGUAUGUGCCAACAUUUUCCAACAACCACGGGCAGCACUUUGGCAGAAGCCAUUGGUAUUAGGUCGGGCUACAACCAGCGAUUGUUUUCAUAAUCAGUCAUCAGUCAUUUUCUUGAUUAAUCAAUUAAUUAUGUCUAUAAAUUGGUGAAAACCACCAGUGUUUCCCAGAGC